AUGUCGUCGCUCUGGAUCAUCAACAAGGCAGGCGGCCUCAUCUAUCAGUCCGAGCAUUUCGUCCAUCCGAACGCAGCAUCCAUGCGCAACAACGGUCGUCUCUCCUCGAACGAAUACCUCGUACUCGCCGGUACACUGCACGGUAUCCAUGCUAUCACUGCAAAGCUGAAUCCAGUGCUCGGCCGCAAGUGCAGCGGCAUCGAGUCUCUGGAAUCGGAUCAUUUCACCAUACGCGUCAUGGUCACCUCGACAGGAACCAAGUUCGUGCUUGUCACUUCGCCAGCGCAUCCGAAUCCGUCAGGCGUGCUACACAAGUGUUACGAAACAUAUGCGGAUCAUGUCAUGAAGAACCCGUUCUACACACCAGAGAUGCCCGUCAGGGUGGAGACAUUCGACAAGGCGAUCGAGACACUUGUCAAAGCAUGA